CAGAGGCCUGUAAUUGUCAACAUGGGUAAACCUCAACCAUGAGAGACAAUGUGGGGGAAAAAAACAGAAAAUCACAUUGUUUGAUUUUUAAAGAAUUUAUUUCUAAAUUAGAGUGGAAAAUAAGUAAUUGGUCACCUACAAACAAGCAAGAUUUCUGGCUGUCAAAGAGGUCUAACUUCUUCUAACAAGGUCUAACAAGGCUCCACUCUUUACCUGUAUUAAUGGCACCUGUUUUAACUCAUUAUCGGUGUAAAAGAAACCUGUCCACAACUUCAGUCACACUCCAAACUCCACUAUGACCAAGACCAAAGAGCUGUCAAGGACACCAGAGACAAAAUUGUAGACCUGCACUAGGCUGGGAAGACUGAAUCUGCAAUAGGUAAAACGCUUGGUGUAAAGAAAUCAACUGUGGGAGCAAUUAUUAGGAAAUGGAAGACAUACAGGACCACUGAUAAUCUCCCUUGAUCUGGGUCUCCAUGCAAGAUCUCACCUCGUGGCGUCAAAAUGCUAACAAGAACAGUGAGCAAAAAUCCCAGAACCACACGGGGGGACCUAGUAAAUGACCUACAGAGAGCUAGGACCACAGUAACAAAGAAGACUAUCAGUAACACAAUGCGCUGCCAGGGACUCAAAUCCUGCACUGCCAGACGUGUCCCCCUGCUGAAGAAAGUACACGUCCAGGCCUGUCUGCUGUUCGCUAGGGAGCAUUUGGAUGAUCCAGAGGAGGACUGGGAGAAUGUGUUAUGGUCAGAUGAAACCAAAUUAGAACUUUUUGGUAGAAACACAGGUUCUCGUGUUUGAAUACAGAAUAGAAUGCUGAAUUGCAUCGGAAGAACACCAUACCCACUUUGAAGCAUGGGGGUGGAAACCUCAUGCUUUGGGGCUGUUUUUCUGCAAAGGGACCAGGGCGACUGAUCCGUGUAAAGUAAAGAAUGGAUGGGGCCAUGUAUCGAGAGAUUUUGAGUGAAAAUCUCCUUCCGUCAGCAAGGCAUUGAAGAUGAGACGUGGCUGGGUCUUUCAGCAUGACAAUGAUCCCAAACACACAGCCAGGGCAACAAAGGAGUGGCUUCGUAAGAAGCAUUUCAAGGUCGUGGAGUGGCCUAGCCAGUCUCCAGAUCUCAACCCCAUAGAAAAUCUGUGGAGGGAGUUGAAAGUCCGUGUUGCCCAAUGACAGCCCCAAAACAUCACUGCUCUAGAGGAGAUCUGCAUGGAGGAAUGGGCCAAAAUACCAAUAACAGUGUGUGAAAAGCUUGUGAAGAGUUACAGAAACGUUUGGCCUGCGUUAUUACCAACAAAGGUUACAUAACAAAGUAUUGAGAUGAAUUUUUGGUAUUGACCUAAUACUUAUUUUCCACCAUGAUUUGCAAAUAAAUUCUUUAAAAAUCAAAUGUUGUCAUUUUCUGUUUUGUUUUGUUUUUUUUCACAUUCCGUCUCUCAUGGUUGAGGUUUACCCAUGUUGACAAUUACAGGCCUCUCUAAUAUUUUCAAGUGGGAGAACUUGCACAAUUAGUGGUUGACUAAAUACUUAUUUGCCACACUGUAUAUAGGCUACUGUGGAAAAUAUACCUUACAUAUGAAAAAGCCAUUUGCAUUGGUAAAGUUAAAUGAGUGGAAAUAAGCAUUAUACACAUUCAGAGUGGGUUGUAAAUUUUUUCCCCAAAGAAUAAUAUAUAUUUUUUGGGUUUUGUUGAUUCACACAUAAUUAAAGUAUACAGUACAUGAUAUAUACAAACAAACAGAUACAGUGUAUGUUUACACAAUUAGAUGCACGAAAAGAGACUCCACGGAAGCUAUUUAAAGUUCAGUGCAAGAUUUUCUGUAAAACUUUCCUUUGUAGGUGUUUCUAUCGUGGUUUACAGGGUUGUAACCAGUUGUUCAAAAAGUGUCGAACCCCCCUCCUCCUCCAGCUAGAAUUGCAGAUCACUUGGAGAUGUAGCCAGAAGCUUGUUCAUCGCUCGAAGAGUUGAACGCUCUGUGGUAAGUGAUCUUUCUUUGGUGGUCGAUAUGUCACUAUUUUUUACUUAACAAGCUGUUUGAAAACAUAACGUCAUAUUGGCUGCUAAUGCGAUUAACUUAUCUAUACAUAGGCCAAAUUUAAGUUUCAGGACGUCAUUUGGUAUUAAUUGAACACUGAUAUGUAUUCAUGUUUAAAGAGUCCCAUGAAAGUGGUCAAAUACAAGUGGUCUUUUUCUUUAUAUCAACAUUUUUUAAAUGUUUUAAAUCUUUAAUACUGUACUAAACAUUUAUACAGUACCUGUACAAUCAAGCGUUUACAGACUGGUUCGACAGACAAAACAGCAUAUGAAAUGACAAGGGAUUCUUUCUAUAAAAAAAUCGACAUAUACAUUAUAAAACAACGCAUACAGAUACAGCAAACAGAAUUCUGAACACAUUCCAAACCUUUUAAAGGAGACAUGUCAGUACAUGAUUGCUAUAUGUGAAUUUACGUUCACUGCUUGUCUCUGUGUGUUGGGAUGGGGUGCAAAGUUAAGACAUGUUACGUUAUUGAAUGAUCUUGUCUGCACAGAAAUGAAGGUCCUCCAACAAAACGAUGAACUAAUGACUGCAGAAGGCAUUCUGUUGGAACACUUGCCCAAGAGUUUCCAGGUGUAUGGGCAUUUAUAUGCUUAUAACAGAAACAAACAAAGUACCAUCCAAGUCGUCGUUGAUACAUGGCCAGAUUUUAAAGUCAUCAUUUGUCGACCCGACCCACGGGUGAGUUUGCAAGAAUUUGGUUUCACACCCGAGAUGACCAUGUACUGCAAGGAAUCCAAGGACGGGCAUGCUUUGAAAGAAAUUUUGAUGAAGGACAGUCUAUUCAAUUGGAGCUCUAACAUUAAUGGAGGAUGCGACAUUUCACACACCUCUAUCCUCCAAGAGGUUUCAUUGAACCGGGAAGUCAACUACAGAUCCCUGGCACUGACACGUCUUCUGCAUUUGCCAAAUCGUAGCCAUCUGGUCAAACCAGCAAUCGACAGUGGUCUUGAAUCAAGGAUUUCAUCUCUUGAACUCUGCCAUGCCCACCUGGUGAAUCAAACCUGGAAGUUUGGAGGAACUCAACAAGGAUACAACUACAUUGCAUUCCUCAUCAGUAACUUCCCCACAUAUUGCAUCACUGAUAAUGAGGGUCAGCCUAUAUCGUGGCUUCUUGUCUAUGAGUACUUGGCAUUGGGGGUACUAUAUACUAUGCCCAAGCACAGAAAAAGAGGAUUCGCCAAAGCACUGAUUCAAACCAUGGCCCAGAGAUUAUUUGAUCAGGACUACCCAGUGUUCUGCUACAUAGAGGAAGAUAACAUGGCAUCUUAUAAGCUUUUUAAAAGUUUGGGCUUUAUUGAGGAGCCCUCAUACAGAGAACUAUGGUUUGAGUUUAACUUCUAACCUUAAUCUGAAAAGCAGCUAUCUGACUGAUUAGCAGCUAAAAAUGACCACAUUAAAUCUAUGACAUUUAAUUCUAUUGACAAUAGAAAUUGAUAUUAAUUACUAAUUUCACUGUUCUUUGACUUUUAGGAGGGAUUUCUAGUAAAGGACUUGCUUAAAAUGACUGUUCGGUCCGACACAGCUUUUAGAUCAUUGGAGACGCAAGCCUGAAAUAGUUUAGGUAUGCAAAUCAGAAUUGUUUAUACUAGGGAUGUACCGAUCCGAUCACAUGAUUGGAAAUCGGGCCGAUCGCAUCAUUUUUCAGUGGGUCGGAAUCGGGAUAAAAGAGUCGGGGGUUUUAUCGAAAUAAUAUAUUUGUUUUUCUGCUUCAUGCUCAUAUAGCAUCUCUCUCUCCCUCCUGCUGCUUUUCUUGGUUAGCAGUGCCCUGGAGUUUGCUACUAAAGUUGAUGAUGAUUGACAGGUUUGUAACUUUGAUCUUGCCAGAGAAGCUCGGUAGCACUACAAUCAAAGGUGCAAAUGUGUCAAUCAUUGUUCAGCUUGUUACACACUAGCGGUAGAGUGCUGUGGCAACUCAUUGUGUAAGUCAGAGGCUGUUCUCAGCAGCGUGAGCGGAUUUGAGUGGACUCGCUCAUGAAGCAUUUAAUAAAGACAAGCAUUUUUCUAUGUUAUUCUUGCUUAAUCACAUUAUUAAGGCGGCACUGUGGCACAGUAAUGUUUAAAUCUUUUGUUAAAAAACUUUUUUUUUUUUUUUAUCGAAUCAGGACUCUGUAUCGGCAGGUUCUCAAAAUCAGGUGACUCGGACUCUGGUGCAAAAAUAUGCAGUUGGGACAUCCUUAGUUUAUAUUGGCAAUAACCGUGAACAGGUAACAGUUACUGUCAUUUCAGUAAUCCAGAGUUGUUUCUGAACUGUUGGUAUUUUUUUCCAGUCCACUGGUUUGGUUGAUGGGCAGAGCCUCCAGCACAUAUCUUAAUUCAACUCCUUGUUGGUUACCUCGUUCAUUUGUGUGCUCUUCCUCUGCGUCACGUUUGGUUUCAUCACUAUUUGUCAUUCACAUUGUUAUUGUGGUUCUUUAUUCUUGUGUUUUGUAAAUAUGUUGGCGCUGUCAUUCGGUCUCAUGCUUGUUGUCUAUUCGUUUGGUGAGAUUCGUUUAGCUUUCCUGUCCAUUCUUUGUUCCUUAUAGACCCUACUCACAUGACGUCACAACCACGCCUCCGCGCCAUAUUGUCCGUCAGCUCGUCUUGUUUACGCAUUACCGCUACGUAAAUUCCUCCUAUUAUGGCGUGUUUUUCUGCUUGUUAACAUUAAUAAUCAAAAUGGUGAAGGCGUGUGUGGCGGUUGGUUGCAGUAACAGAGAAGAUAGACGGAGAGACUUAAAGGUCUACCGUAUUCCGAGAGACCCAGAGAGGAGAGUGAGCUGGACUGCUGCAAUUCGACAAGAAAACUGGGCACCAAAUGAUCACCACAGACUAUGUAGUAGUCAUUUCAUACCUGGUAAGAUGCAUUUAAUAUAUAUUUAGAGGGUUUUGGGGUGACAACCACAAUUAAGAUCAUUGCGAGGCUAAUCGCCGACAACAUACAGUUUUAAAUUCAAGAUGUUUAUUUCUUCCGCCAUCAUUAUUUUUUGAAUAAUAUUUAGCUGGUACCAAGUGAAAGAAGCUGGCCUCGUCUACGGAUCAUCAGUUAAACAGGGAUGUCCAAACUUUUUGCAAAGUGGGCCAGAUUUGGUGUGGUAAAAAUGUGGGGGGCUACCUUGGCUGAUUUACGUAGAACAAUAUAUUUAAACAAUUUUUAGCUAGCCCUUCUGUGUGUCACAUUUGCUUUAUUAUUAUUUUUUUUAAAUUCAUAAUUCCAACGAUCUCGCCUUUGUGGCGUUCUCUUUCGACACUCGGGCUCUUGCGAAAUACUGCUGCUGUGAAAGUAAACUAGCUUCAAGUUGCUAUAAUUUCUCGCUGCGUAUCUUCCUUGUAAUGUUGUCGUACAUGUCAGAGUGUCUUUGAAAACAGCGACUGUCUUUUUGCAAAUGAGACACAGUUGUUGCGUAUUGUAUUGAAGAAAUAGUCCAAUAUCCACCUAUCCUUGAAGCGUCGGCCAUCGCAGUCAACUUUUUUUUUUAUUGAUAUUCGCCAUUUUAGAAAAUUGAAAGUAAAGGGUCACACGGGGUAAUGUUGCUUAGAGUGCUGCUCUUAAAGUUUUUCAAAGUUUCGUGAGAGUAGGCCGAGUUUCUGUGGACAAGAUAGUUGUAGAUAUCAGGGUAACAGAUGUCGGGCAGAGACAGCGAAGACAGCGGGUCGAAAAAUAUCGAUUUAGGCAUCAAAUAUGGAUCUGGCGAAUGGAUAAACUGAAGCUUUUCCACAUAACGCCUUUUAUGCAACACAUCCAAUGAGUUUACAGUGUCUGAAAGCACCGGGGCUUCCAUGAAUUGCACUAUAAAUUGCAUGGCAAAUUGAAACCAUUAAGAAUACGGAUAAACAAUGACGGACGAUAUGGUAGCCGGAUACAGCGACACGUCAUUCUGUGACGUUGGUGAGUGGGGUCUAUAUACAGUAGUUGCGUUCCCUUGUUACCGUAUAUACUGUAGCUCUGCUUCUGUUUUAUUUCGUUUUUACUUCUUUUGUUCCCCGUUUAGUCUAUUUUGAUAUCUUGAUCCUGUCAUGCAUCGCUUAUCCAUCAUGUGCAUAGUUUUUUUGUUGUUGUUGUUGUUGUAUUUUUUAUUUUUUUAGCCUUUUGGGGAUUUGUCUUUGCUCAGGUUAUCAUGCUUCCUUUGUUAAGUAAAUGUUUGUUCAUUUAAUUAUCUAUCGUUAGGAUUCAGUUGUUUUCUUUUUAAUUUAUAUAUAUAUAUAUAUAUAUAUAUAUAUAUACACAACAGUAGUGCUGGUGUUCUGUCAAAAUUUGCUCCCUUGUAAAAUUUUGCUCCCAAAGCUUUUGUGGCGCUGAAAAAGCCCUCUUUUACAUUCAAUUGGACUGUCAAUGUUAUCCAAAGGUGCUAACUAAACUAGAUACAUCAUAAACAUACAUGUGCAACACGAAAAUGGCGUAAAUUAAUACUUAACGACACGGCGAAGUCGUUAACAGUGAGAGCACGGGGUGCAGUUGCUGCGUGCAGCUAACAUGGUAGGAUGUGUUCGAGAACUUUGUACAUGUCUUUACAUGAUCAAACUUAAGUAAAUAUUCCUUUCUUUAAAGAAAGUUUGUAGUGUUUACUUUGGAAUCGCUGCAUUUGCAGCCAUUUUUAACGUUACGCGCAUGCGCAAAACCGCAAGGUAGCAAUUUUUGAUGGGUUGCAAAAUUUGUCAGAACACAGGCACACCCAAAUGAAGCAUGGCACGUAAGCAAGGGGCCAGAGGGCAUUACAACAUUAAAGUUUUAAUUGAUAUAAGUUAAGUCACUUCAGUAAAGCAUAAAAAUGCUACUCCCAAUUACAGUUUAGUGGCAGAUAUCGUUUUAAUAUUUGAAUUAAAUUCAUUCAAAAUUAUACAGUGGCGUGUGUUGUGAUUAAUAAUAAAACUGUACUGUAUAUAUAAAAUUAUAUCACAAAAUUUUAAAUAAUAAUUGUUUUUUCUUAUUUAAAUUGAUAAAAAGCUACAUACUGUUAUACAUGUGUAUAUGUUAGGGGUGAUAUGGGUAAUUCAUUAUUUGAUACUGUGAUAUGUUGCCUACAAUAUGAUGAUAUCACGAUACACAAUCUACGAUAUUCGAUAUAUUGUAAGACAUUUCUUCAAUGAUUUAUCGGACUUAAAAAAAAUAAUAAAAAAACAUAAAAAGAAACACAUCUGCAAUUAUGCAUUUAUCCAAUGCCAAAACUUGUACGAUGAACAAAUAAACGUGCAUUUGCAUAGUGCCUCACCACAUUAGUUUCGUAAAUGUAAAUACUGCAUAGCUGGACAAUUAAUGUGUAAGGACAGUGCACUGCUUUCUGGUCCUGAAAAGUCAGUAUCAAUUUUGCAUAUUACCUCACUGCUUCCUAGCCUUGUAAAUGUAAUCACUGUACAGCUGGAGAAGUUACAGUGCAUGAACAUUAAUAACAUUACCCUGUUCCUUUGGACACAUUAAAGUGCACAAACAUUAAUAACAUGUUAUAUGUAAACAAGGACAAUGCACUGCUUUCUUAAACGGAAACAUUAGUUGCAACUAACUUGAUUUGUUUUUCUGUGUUCAUAUUUUCCGCCAUAUUGCAUCUGUUCUUCUAUUUUCUGUCACUACUAGAUUGCGACGAGCUACCAGAUCGUGACGGAUUGCUACUACGCAUAUGCGAACCGAUGGCAUUUUCUCUCGCGCGAUGACAGCAGAUAUAGAUAUGUACGUCAUAGAUUAAAAAAUAAAUCUGUACAUUUUUGGGGGGUGAUAAUAGUCUCUGAAGGGUUUAAUUGGGAUGAGGGAAGAGGAAGCGUGAUUUAACUGCACUGUUUAAAUUCUUGAAAGACAUUAAGAUUAUGUAUAGAUUGUAAAGGUGAAAGGAUGGGCCUUCAACAUUUAAAGGCAUUGUGUUUGGUUCUGUCUGCGGCAUAAUCAUCGGGUGAUGUAAAAAAAAAAAAUCACCCCUUGCCCCCCCCCCCAAAAAAAGAAGAGAUGUAUUUUCUAUCAUUUAAUCUAACACGUACAUACUAUAUCUAUAUCUGCCGUCAUCACUCGAGAGAAAAUAGUGUCUGUUCGCGCAUGCGCGGUAGCAAUCUGUCGCUAUCCGGUAGCCCUUUAAGAUUGGGUAAUGACAUUAUCUAUUGUCUUCUUCUUCUGUCUUUUGUCUUCUUUAGACAAAUUUCCGAGA